UCCGCCGCGUCGCGGAAAAGUGACGUAACGCGGAGCCUCUCCGUGUUGCUGCUGGACAUGGCGACGCUGCUGCGAGGUCUGCGGGCAGCGGGGGCUCUCCGGGGGCUGGGGGGCGUGUUGGCUCCUCCCACAGCGACAAACCUUCCGUUGUGCCGUCUGUGGAGAGGCUUCUACUGUGCAGCUCGGAGGCUUCAGGACGAGUCCAAGUCUGACAGAGCCUCCUCCUCCUCGUCUUCACCGUCGUCCUCGAGCUUCCACCAGCACUACCAGGCACACUCGGCCGAGCAGGACUCCGCCUCCCAGCAUCCGUCUGACGCUGGAGCGGAGGGGUCCAGCUCCAGUGCUGACGACCAGAGCGAAGACCAGGAUGAAGAGUAUGAGUCCGAGGAGCAGCUGCAGGCUCGGAUCCUGACCGCCGCUCUGGAGUUUGUCCCGCUGCACGGCUGGUCCAUGGAAGCCAUUGCAGCCGGCGCCGAGUCUCUGGGUCUGUCCUCCGCCUCCACCGGCAUGUUCACCAACGGAUCAGGAGACCUGGUUCUGCAUUUCAUUGCUGACUGCAACGCCAAGCUGACUGAGAUCCUGGCGGAGCAGCACAACCGGGUCCAGCUGGGCCAGGCUGAAAAAAAGAAAACCUCUGAGUUCUUAAGAGACGCCGUGGAGACCAGAUUGCGGAUGUACGUCCCCUACAUGGAAACAUGGCCUCAGGCCAUGAGCCUCCUGCUGCUGCCACACAACAUCCCUGACAGCCUGAAACAUCUCUCCAACCUGGUGGACGACAUCUGGUACUACGCUGGAGACCGAUCCACAGACAUGAACUGGUACACAAAGCGGGCGGUACUGACCGGCAUCUAUAACACAACAGAGCUGGUCAUGGUUCAGGACUCCUCUCCGGACUUCCAGGACACCUGGGCCUUCCUCGAUAACCGCAUCCAGGAUGUGGUCAACAUGGCAACCACAGCCAAACAGGUGCAGUCGACAGGUGAAGCAGUGGUGCAGGGGCUCAUGGGAGCUGCUGUAACUCUGAAGAACCUCACAGGCCUGAACCAGAGGCGAUGAUGGGAACAUCUCCGGAUUCACUCUCAUGAGCCGCUGAUCAAUUCUCCUUUCCUCCUCGUCUCCUUGUCUUUGAUUUAAGUAUAUAAAACUAAUUUGAAAGCAUCGGACUCUGGUUUUCAAUAAAGCAUGAUGACAUUGUUAUUUGUGAUCAACUGUCUGCAGUAUUUGGUUCUCAAUCCCGGGUUUGUUUUACUGCCUCGUGUUAGACGUACACAAAGAGUUGUAAGUCAGUUGCUCAUUCACAAGUACAAUAAAGCAGUUAAUGUGUAUCUACCACUA